AAUCACUCAAUCAACAUCUUUCUUCUUCAGCACCUUGAAGAAGAAGAAGUAUUUCCGUGGUUGUCAACUUGCCUGUCAGAUGUAAAUAAAACAUGGCUCCUAGGCGAGGUAGAAACACGAAAAUAGUAAACAACCCAAAUUACAAUAAUUUAAGUAUUGACGAUGUACUAUGUCCAAUUUGUCGGAGUGUUUUGACCCAACCGGUGACUCUACCAUGCAACCACUGCUUCUGUUUUACGUGCUUCGAGGGCACGAUGCAAAAUGCGAAUCUCGCUUGUCCCUUGUGCCGAGUAAGAAUCGGAUCCUGGUAUCGAAUUGCGAAAAAAGAAAAGCGGUUAAUUAAUGCUCAACUGUGGGAUGUGGUGCGCGAGAAGUUUUCCAAACAACUAGAAAACAAAUCAAAAGGAAUCGACGUCGUAACGCCUCAAGAACUCAAAAUUCCAUUGGCUACACCCGGUGAAAUUAGGAGAGAAUAUGAAAUACAAAAGCAAAAAGAAGAUGAGGAAAUCAGAAAAGAAAGGGAGGCAGAGGAGAAGGCUAGUGAAGCAUUAAUUGCCAAAAUAACUAAGGAAGAAAAAGAAUAUGUAGAAACUGUCAAAGAAGAACAAAUGAAAAAACUAAAAAUUGAUGAGCAGAUUGCCAAGAAAUUAUCACAUGAAUGGAGUGUAACUCCGAGCAGAACUAACAAUACCUUGGAUCAGUUUAUUAAAAAAGGUGCUCAAAAGGCACAAAAUUUUGCCACGAAAGAAUACACAUGCAGAGUGUUGUGCUUGGAUAGAGAAACUAGUUUGAAUCAACCAUCCACCAGCAAAGGUUACUCUGGUUUACCAGUUGUACAAAAGAAGAUGCAACAGCUCCAAAAGAUUGCCACUAAUGUAGACAGUAGUGAUGGAAGUGACUGUAUUGAAUCAGAGUGUAGGUAUUUUAAACCCAUUGACUACAGACAUAAUCCUCCAUCAGAAGGCAAGUCUCCAAUCAAAGUUCCUACAAGGAGAGCUAGUACAUCUAAUGCUGCCAGAAUUGUAAGUCCAACAGGUUCCAUAGAUUUCCAGUCAAACUCAUUAGAAUCAGCAUUUGCUCGAAUUGCUAUCAUUUCAUCAUCAGUUACUAAGACUAACAAGAGGGAAAUUCCGUAUACUUGUACAGUAGUGGCGCCACAGAACAAGAAAAUUGUCCCAGAUUCUUCACCAGCAAAAAGGAAGUUGGUAGCUUCAUUGAAAACGGCACCGGCUAAGAAGAGAAGGGAAAGUAGUGGAGAUGCAAGACCUAAGAGGCAAUUAGGCAACAACAAAAUUUCAAAAGAUUCAGUUGAAAAUACUAGUCCGGAAAUAUGUGGAUUUGAUAACAGUGCCAUUAAGAUGAAAUCAAAAAAGAACAAUCUUACAAAUGCAUUUGAACAUGAUGAUUCCAAGCAGCUACAAGAGAAAGCAGACUAUGAGCUUGCUUUGAAACUUCAAGAGGAGUUUAACAGGAGUGUAAGACAGUAUUCUACAAGAAGUCAGAGGAGCCAAGUUCACAGUUCAAGGAGGUCUCACAAACAAAUUACUUUGGAUGAAAUUGUUUCAAAUGCUUUCAAGGUAAAAUAGAGUGAGUACUUAAUGAUUGAUUCAUUAAAUACAAGUUACAGUUGUAUAUUACAGCUUUUUGAAUAUUAUUAGAUUUUAGAUUUUUUAAUCUCACACUUGUAAAUUAUGUUAUAAAAUAACAGGUUUAAAUUUGUAUAACAUGUAUAUAUUCAAAUUAAAUAUUUUUAUAUUAUGAGCUAAUAUUAAUUUUCUUAAUUCUGAAAAGCCAAAGAAUAUUUUUGGAUCAUCUGUUCUUUAUAGUUUUAAGGACAAUCUAUAAACUCACACUCAUAGUAUAAAAUUAUAAAUGAAAGAGGCAAGAUCAUAUUAAUUUUGUAAUGCUACUAAUUUCUGGGAAAUUAAAAUAUUAUGUUACAUAUUCAAUCAUAGGUGAUAUACAUUUGUGAUUUUAUUAAUUCUAUAUUUGAAAUAAUGAAACUGUUGAUAUUCUGAUAUCAAAUGAUUUUUCCCUGACAGAAUUUAAAACAGUUUUUAUUCUGUGAGGAUGUGCUGUGUUAAAGCUACUGUAUAAGCUUCAAUAAAUAAAACAUAUUGUUAAUAA